UAUGUAUCAUGAUAUGCAUGAGUUGUAAAGACUUAUUUGUCACAAAUAUUCUCAUAGGCAAACAUGGCGGCAAUGAGCCCGGGAUAUUAGGAGGAAAAUAACCAGCUCCUAACGGUUGCCAUCCAUCAUCGGGAUGGCCCAUCAACUUCAACUAGAGAAGGAAAAGUACAGACAAUGGGUGAAAGCCGGUCUUGGCUUAGGAUACUUAAAAGAAGGACUUGCGCCUUUUUGUGACGACGUUGCCAAACAACAGCAUAAAGACAUCUUAGACAAUAUUAAACAGACAAAGAAUCUGUCGACUGUGACAUGUGGUCAGUGUGCUCUGAGAACUCUUAAACCUGACCAUGUAAAAAUAGGAAACAAACAAUGUCCAUUAGGUCAAGCUAACUGUAACUGCUGCUAUACGAAGGGUAAAAUUGCUUGUCCAAGCAACGUAUGUGGCGCCAUCUAUGACAGCAUUAUAACUAACCAUGCGUCCACACCACCAGCUCCUUAUUGGAAAAACACCCAAAUUCAGCAGUGGAUAAAAGAUCCGUGGAGUAUAGCUAAAAGUUUCAUCAACGCCCCUGGAUAUGAUCAGAAGACAUCAGCAGCCGACAUUGACUGCACGGGAUUACUGCAUGUGAUUAUCAACAACAAAUAUUUUCACAAUCACAUUCAGUGUAAUUUAGCUGGAGCUAAUAUAUUUUCAAAGGUGAGACAAUACAGGAACGAGAUAUUUCACUCGAGCACCAUGGAACUGGAAAAGGCAGAUGCAAAUACUUACAUAGAUGAUAUGAUUGCUGUGCUUCAAGAUGGGAAAGAACUGAUAAACAGAAAUGAUGCUCAGGACGCUGUAAAGAGACUUGAAGAGCUGAGAAAUGAAAAGUUCAUUAUAACCACCGAAAAUAUGGAGAAAGUUCUUGGAGAUAUCAGAGAAGAAAUGGAGAAUGUAAGAAAAUCAACAGAAGGUCUAGCUACUAAGGAGGACUGUGAGGAUCUUAAAAGGAAAUUUUCUGCACUGGAAUCUCUCAUUUCUGAACAAGCGAAGGAUAUGGAAAGACUCAAGGCAGACGACUCCGUGCAAAAGGACCUGUGUCGAUCUAAUUACGAAAAGUCUAAAUUAGAUUUUCAGAAAAAAUUAGUGAACCUUUACAGACAGUCUCUGUUACAAGUGUCGGCAAUACCAUUGAAGCCAGAGCGUAAACAUUGUAACUUCAACGAGGUGUAUGUUAGACCACGAAUAACGCUUGAAAGGAUAGAUGAAAACAGAAGACCAAAGGAAACCGAAAUUCAGUCUAUGUCAGAUAUCUUCACAAAAGCCAGAAACCCUAUGAAAUCGAUUUACGUUCUUGGAGAUGCUGGAUCCGGGAAAAGUAGUUUUUGUAAAAGUUUGGUAAACUGUUGGUGUAUUGCACACAGUGGAGAACCGACCGUUGAAGAUGAGUUCGACGGAAUCAAGGAAAUGAAAAAAUUUGAGUUCUUGUUUUAUAUCUCUCUUCGUCGCUUUAAAGAUGUUGUCAGUAUUCAAGAAAUGCUCGGAAAACAAUAUAAAAGCGAAAUUCUGAACGAAAUUUUAAUGAAGGAAUCAAGAAAUAUUGUCAUCGUACUUGAUGGUUUAGAUGAAUGGUCUUCUAAAACUGUGACAUCCAAUCAGUUCCAGACGGAAGGCCUUCCAGAACGUGAUACAUCUAAGGACUAUACCGUCAUAACAACGUCACGACCAUGGAAAAUUGAAACUCUGGGAAUAACUGACCAGGAGAUAGAACAAAGAUUAAAACUUAAAGGGUUUGAUAGAUCAUCUGUUAAAAAGAUGAUUGAUAAAACAGUUCCAAUACUGAAUGAAUCGUUUGCAGAAAACAAAAGUCCUAAUGUCUGCGAAGAAAAGCUAAACAAUAAAGCGAUAGCCAGUAUGACAGAAGUACCAAUUAUGCUGCUACAGCUGAUUUGUCUGUGGUUUGACGAUAAACUUCAAGUAUCAUCAAGAUGUGCUCUUUACUCGGCGAUGCUUGAACUGUUCUUUUCCUGGUACGAUAAGAAGAAAAAUGAAAUAGGAGAAGAACGUUUAUUUAAAAAAAUGAGGGACAUGUCAAAGGGUUCGCCAAAUAUUGAACUCCCUCAAUAUCUUAUGAGUAACAGGUUAUGUAAAUUGUUCAAAUUUCUCAUUCAUGAGUUGUCGCGCUUGGCGUAUGAGACACUUUUCACAAACGAAAAGGAGGCGUCCUUGACAUUUGAAAAUUCUGUUUUUGAAGAGCUAGAAAUAUCGGAUGAAGUAAAAACAAGUUGCUUAAAACUAGGAAUCUUAUCCGAAGAUGGAUGUCCAAGUUUGUCUGCAAGCACAAGUGACAGUUCGUUACUUUCCUUUGUUCACAAGUCAGUACAAGAAUAUUUGGCCGCGGUGUAUAUUGUUAUUAAGUUAAAAGCUCAUACCGGAUUAUUGGCCGAUUCGGAAAAUCCAGAUUUUUCUGGUCGUUGUGCACCACUUAUUAAUAAGGUUUUCAGUAAUUGCACGACUUUGGAUGAAAUAUUGGAACAAGCAAAUGUAUUCAUUAUGCUAUGUGGUCUAGAGCCUCGAAUCGCAACGUCCAUUUCAAAGUAUAUAUAUGAUAUUGUUACAAGGGACAAACGUGUUCUAGAGUACAGGCGAACAAUACAUGAUAAUUAUAGAUAUGAAAAUUUUAUAUCAGAUAUUCAGAAAUGUGUUUUAAACUGUACAGAAGAGGUCCAAGCAUGUAACACAAAUAUUCUGUCUAACUUUUAUAUAGGAGACAUCAUCGCUGAGAAAACGUCAGUGUGCGAUCAUUUGUGUACUUGUAUCGAUAAGCAGUACAUUCCUCCUGACAGCGUCCGCUCGUUUAGAGUUGAUACAUGUAUAGUGAAAGUGUCUCUAAAGGCAGUAUUUAGCAUUUUACCGGAAUGUCAGCGACUUAAAACAAUUCACAUUGAUACUUUUUUAGGCAGCUAUAAGAUUGAUGAUGAAGAUAUCAGGUGUAUCUGUAAAGGAAUUGAACAUAAUACUUCAACAGUGAUAUCACUGUUUGUACGUUUUAAGCAAAAAGAUAAUUUAAAACCUAUGUAUAAAACAAUAGUCCGUCGUCUACCUGUUAUGAAUCAUCUUGUCGCAUUACAUAUAGAUGGUUUCAUUGCGUCACAUGAAGACUUUACCUCACUUUGCACUUUCCUAUCAGGUAACAGUCGUCUUGAACAGAUAUCGAUUUCCGAUACAUGUUGUAAACCCAGUAGAGACAGUGAGACCAGUUUGUCCGGGGAUUGCAGGAAGCAGCAUGACGUAGAUUUAUCCAAGCAUCAACAACUACAGUACAUUGAGACCAAAACGGACAGUGAGACCAGUACAGACAGUGAGACAGACAGUGAGACCAGUUUGUCCGGGGAUUGCAGGAAGCAGCAUGACGUAGAUUUAUCCAAGCAUCAACAACUACAGUACAUUGAGACCAAUACGGACAGUGAGACCAGUACAGACAGUGAGACAGACAGUGAGACCAGUUUGUUCGGGGAUUGCAGGAAACCGCACGACGUAGAUUUAUCCAAGCAUCAACAACUACAGUACCUGCAGUACGAUAAAUCUGUCAAUUUGACUCGCGUUAACACUUCCAACCUAGAAAUAUUUUAUUACAAAUCAUUGAACAGUACAAAUGUUGUGAAAGUUUUUGAAAAAAUUAGUACAGCUCACAAAUUAACAAAACUUAAUUUGGAGUAUGAUAUGUUUAGAUCAAACAUAGAGUCUUCAGCUCGUACUGUAACUGACAAAUUGAUCACAUUGUUACAAUUAUUGCACCAGCUCCAUGUACUUACUUUACUGGAUUUUACAUUUACUGACAAUACAAUGAAAUUUCCCUCUGAGAUGAAGAAUAUGGAGUUCAUUUAUCUUAAUAGUGUCAGAAUGAGCUUGACAACAUGGCGGCAGUUUGUUGAUAGUCUUCCUCUCAUACCGCUACCUGUUAAGGUGAGAGCAUGGUACAUGUGUAUAACACGAGAUGGAGAGGAAUGUAAAUCUAGUAUACGCUGGGGGAAAGCAGGAAGAGGAGAGGAAACACCUGCAAGGCAGUAUGUUAGAGAACAGGAGGAGUUGUUCAAUGUGGAGUAUGAAGAUAAAUAUUCAUUUAAUUUUUCAACAAGGAAGUAAUAUCCAUCAGUAUAAAUCAUUACUGUUAUUAUACUGAUGAUUUUCUUAUGUUGUACUGAUGGUUGAAAUAAGGAAAGCUUGUCAAAGUCGUAGAAAUACAUGUAACUAGUUUCUAAUAUAUUGUUUUUGUUUAGAAGAGUAUAAUUGCCAUGGGACAAUGAUUUUUUAUGUUUUGCCACAUUAUGGGACUGCGUGUUUUAGCUAAUUAAUGAAAAUAUAGUUAUAGUGAAAAAUACAAUAGUGAAACAUAUCUGUGUAUUCAAAGUGAAAAUGGCAAAUCUGUUUUAUACUGGUACGGAACACUAAGCGUUGUAUAAUGUGUUAAAUAAAGUUGACAAUUUAAUAGAAUUUCAGCAAAUAAGUGAUAUUACAGGCAUAAGUUUUUAGAGUUUUUAAGAUAAUUACUUUUUAUAGUAUACAGAUGGCUGCAGUAAGGAAAGUAUAUCAAAAUUGUAGAGAGUUGUAGAACAGACAGACAGUCAAACCUGUAUAUAAAGACCAUACUUAGAAGUGAUGAAAAGUAGUCUUUAUUUGCAGGUGAUUUUUAUUUACAUGUAAAAAUAAAUCGUAAAUGAUGAAUUCGGAAAUUAAAUAUGAGGUCCUUUCAAAACCUGUGAUCUCUGUUGACAGACGGAAUUAUAAAAAUUGAAUGAGCUGUUUUUAAAACCAGGUGGUCUUUGCUCUCAUGUGAAAAAUACACUGUACAUGUUGAAGUCAGAAAUUGAACAAGUGAGAUUUAAAAGCAGGCCGUUUUUAUUCACAUGUGAAAAUACACAGUAAGUGUUAAAUUAGGAAAUUAAGUAAGUGGUCAUUAAAAUAUGGUCUCUGUUCACACCACUGAUGUUGAUUUAGAAACUUAAAUAAGUGGUCUUUAAAACCAUGUGUUUUCUGUUCAUAGGUUGCCUUUAAACAAGCUUGACUGUAAUCAGUAAUUAGUGGAUGGGAUAUUUUUUAACAUUUGCUGUACCGCAAUACAUGGUUGUUUAGACAUUAUUGUACAUAACAUAAAUUGCUGACUUAACAUUAAUUCACUAAAUCUUUUAUUUUAUAUUAGCUAUGUUUUAACACACAGUAGGAUAGUAGCAGACAAGGUGCCUAUUAAAGUAAUAAAACUAUAUAAAUUAGGAUUUUUUAUAAACUGUUUCUCUUUUUUGUACAAAAAAAAAUGAAUGUUUAUUUAUUUUGAGCAACUUUGUCGCUUUUGGCUCACAUUGUUAUAUAACAUAAUUAUUAUGUAAGACAUUUGCUUGAAAAAUUGUCAUGAGUCUUUAAAAGGAUAUAGACUUUAACCGGCAUUCAAAUCAUGUCAAGUGUUGGCCAUAUCCGGUAUUCAAAUCACGGCGACCAUACGCCUCACCGGUAUUCACCAGUAUUCGAAUCUACUGACCUCCUGAUUGAAAGUCUAAUGCUCUACCUAUUGAAAUAAACUUGAUUCGCGACACGUAUUUGAAAGAGAAAUAUGUCCCGUUAAAGAAUUAGUCUCUUUUGAGACGUGCCCCUCUGAAGCAUUAGCCUCUGGAGAGGCCGGACCCAUUAAAGCAUUAGUCUCUGAGGAGGUGCGUCCCUUUAAGCAUUAGUCACUUGGAAGGUGUGUCCCUUUAAAACAUUGGUUUCUCGAGAGGUGUGUCCCUUUAAAGCAUUAGUCGCUGGGGGUGUCCCUUUAAAACAUUAGUCUCUUGGUAGGUGUGUAUCUUUAAAGCAUUAGUCGCUGGGGAGGUGUGUCCCUUUAAAGCAGUAGUCUUUGUCUGUGAGGGAAACGUUAAAGUCUUCACUGUUAGUGCAUUCAGCACAGGAACACAUACAAUUCUAAUUGAAAAGUAUAACAAAACAAUCGGUUCUUACGUAUUAGAGUAGCUAUAGAAGUAUAUAUUUGAAAUAUUUUGCAUUAUGCACCGUUUUAUUCAUGUAGUGUAAAUCUUUAAGACUUUCUCAGUUCAUGUUUUGACCGACAAGUGAUACACAGAAUAUAUAUUUUCAAUAUUUAAAUGUGUUUUGUGAAUAUGUGUGAAAUGAUAAUAGAAUUUUUUUUCAGAUGAAACGUGUAUGUGAUGACUAUAGAUGUUAUACGCGAGAUAAUUCAAUAUUAUAAUAUUAUUUCACUGGUUGCUGGUACAGAUGGGAUUAUCCGGUCUCGAGAGUAACUGUUAAAGUCGGUAACGAGUUACCGCGUAAACAGUUACUCGAGAGCCGGAUAUUCCAAUCUGCACUUACAGCUGGUGAAAUCAUCUUUUUCUUGCAUAUCAAAUUCAAGAAAUAUUAGUGAAUAUAAAAUCAAACGAACGCAUUUCCUUUAAAAUCUAUUUUCCUACAGCAGCGUGUUUAAACAAAGCGCUGGUAAUCAACGUCUGUAAACAGGAAAACCGAAAUGUCGUUUCAAAGAUAAAUAGCAAUGUUUAGUACCGGUUUUGUUUCAUCGCUUGCAUAAAGGAAUAAAGAGGAGCUAUCAAUACAUUGUCUUUUUAUUUCGUUUCAUGAAAAAAACUAUAAAUUACUACCUGUACAUAAAUCUGGUACUAUAUGUCGUUCGUCAUACGUCAGUUACAGAACGAAAGUUGAAAGGUGUAAGAUAGAGUUUUCCAGCACCGGUAAAAAUACCAGAAAUCCCCGUCUGUUAUGCAAGAAAUACAUGUAUAUAAUUACACGUGUACACGCAUUUUUUGCCUCUAACUAAAUAUAGUUUACGGUACCGUGCACUUUGUUUAAAACAUUUAGAAACAAAAGUUAACAUCUUAUUUAUACGACUUCUUGUUGAACCAAAUAACGUGUAAUUACAGGUUUCAUUUGAAAAUGUGUAUAUAAAUGGUGUGAUAAUAUUUAAUCAAGAUAUGAAAACAAUAUUUUCUGUUCACAUCUGUAAAGAAUUUAUCUCGACACUUUAAUAAGUCAUCCGUGACCAACAAUUAUGAUACUGUUUACGUAACACAACAUUUUACAGUACAUCAUAUAGUGGACGCAACUUGACCCCGAUGGUUGACCUUGGUAUUAUAAUACAUAACGAGGCACAACCUAUUAUUGAAAAGGUGUCUACGUAAAACGCCGUAUACAAACUCAUUCUAUAUAAAUAUACACGGCCACCCUAAGCACCCCUUAUUUAUACAAUGAAAUAAUCGAUAUGAAUAAUCAGCCUAAGGUCAACCAUCGCGGUCAAGUUGCGACUACUAUACUUCCAUUUCAAAGGACACUCAUUUGGGUGUAUUAUUUACUAUUUGUUUACUGUUGAUCACUAAAUUAGUUAUGAAUUAAAAAAUAAUUUGAUAAUAUUUCAAACAUUUUAAUAAAAGUACAGAGAACAGAAA